AAAAACUGUGUUUAUAGCUUAAGCACCAUAAAGAAAGUCUUAGGUUAUAUAUUAUCUAUAACAUUAUAGUUUAUGUCAUUGAACUGUUUGACAUUUUCAUUUGCCAAAAAUGCCACCAAAAUUAAAAUUUGCAGAAGGUGAAAAAGUUUUAUGUUUUCAUGGUCCACUGAUUUACGAAGCCAAAUGUUUGAAAUCUUCGGUGGUUAAAGAUAAACAAGUGAAAUAUUUGAUACAUUAUGCGGGAUGGAAUAAAAAUUGGGAUGAAUGGGUACCUGAAAGUCGUGUACUAAAAUAUAAUGAAGCAAAUGUUGCCAAACAAAAAGAAGUACAAAAGGCACAUUCAACACAAUCAUCAAAAUCGAAAAAAUCAAAAUCACGUAAAUCGGAGGUAUCAUCCAAAGAUAAUGAUUCAAGAGCCAGUACACCAAAUCAAGAAGUGAGCAGUAGUCGAACAUCAAAAUCACGGGGUGCACCGGUUACCCCAUCAAGCAGUCAAGAUUCUAGUUCCGAUGUACCACGUAAAAAAAGAAAUCGAUUGGAUCCAACUGUAGAGCCUGAAGAGCAAUUUUUGAACAAAGUGGAAGUAAAAGUAAAAAUACCAGAUGAAUUAAAACCAUGGCUAGUAGAUGAUUGGGAUUUAAUAACACGCCAAAGAAAAUUGGUAAAUUUACCGGCUGAAGUAACAAUCAAUAAAAUUUUGGAAGAUUAUAUAGCACAUAAACGUGCGAGUAAAACACAUAAUCCAAACCGUGAUGCAGCAAUUGAAGAUAUGAUAACAGGCAUCAAAGACUACUUCAAUGUUAUGUUAGGGCCACAAUUAUUAUAUAAAUUUGAACGACCACAAUAUGCAGAAUUGUUACAAAACCAUCCAAAUGAACCUAUGUCGAAUAUUUAUGGUGUUGUACAUUUAUUACGUUUAUUUGUAAAAUUAGGUCCAAUGUUAGCGUAUACACCGUUAGAUGAAAAGAGUAUACAAUUAUUAUUAUCACAUUUUCAAGAUUUUAUGAAAUAUUUAGUACGAAAUAGUUCAUCGUUAUUUAAUUUACAACAUUAUAUGAAUGCCCCACCAGAAUAUCAUCGAAAAAGUCAAUAAUUUUCUUUUUUAUUUUAAUUUUUUAAGAAAUUCGAAUUUAUUUUACUCUAUAUUUAAAUGUGUCGUUAUGUGCUGCGAUCACAUGAAUCGAAAAUUCGGUUGCGUUAUCCGAGUGGAAAAAAAUUAAAUUAGUGAGCGCUCACAUACGCUGAGGGUCAAUUCAUUUGAAAUCAAAAUUGAUUUUGACGUGUUUUAGGAAAAAAAAUCAAAAUAUGCUGAAAGAAUCAUUUUGGAAAUAGAAAAAUUUCAAUAUUGUGAUUAUUUAUGUUUUCCUCUGAUUUUCAAAACAAAGGAAAUUUGACUAAUCACCGCUUUUAAUGUGAAAUAUUAUAUUUGAUUUACAGAGAACAUUUAGCCCUUCAAGUUAUUGCGAUAUUAGCGCCUCCAUUUAAUGAAUACUUUGUCAAGUUUGCUAAGUCAUUUGAAUACCUUAACUCACGUAAAUGUAGCAUAAGAAUCUCACAGGCGUUAGAUAACUCUUAUUGAAUAUACUUAUAAUUCAAGCUAACUCCAUUGUUUAUUUUAAUUAUUUUUAAAAUAAUGUGAACAUGCUUUCAUAAUCAAUUGGCAGCUGUUACGUGAACUUAUCUCGUUUUUUUUGCUAGAUAGGCGAGACGAUAUAACAUUUGAGAUUGAUUUUUUCCGGGAAAGACAGAUCGAGAUGCGAUUUUUUGCAUUCGAUUCAGGAAGUCGAUUAUAAAAUUUGUGACAUUUUGAUUGUAUACAAUUAA